UACAGUGUUAACUAUCUCAAGGCCACGUUGGGGUACAAGCAGAUAAAAACCGUGGUUCCCAGACCCUGACAAACAAUACCCAGCGCAGCAUCCCAGUUUUGUCGCUCCUAUCUCCUCCUCCGACCAGACGUUCGAAACCAACCGCAGCCUUUGUCUGCAGCCAGUCUUACGUGUUCAUCCACCAUGGCCUUUGCAUUCAUUGUCAUGACAAUGCUUUUGGGCUCUUCCAUGAUGAUGGCAUUUGUCUUGGAUCCAUCCAGGAAAGAACCUGAAGCUGCUGUCUUAGGUCACAGGUGCCAAGGUGAGUCAUGGCAGUCCAUCAAAAAGAACCUCCUUGGGGUUCUGAACUUGCAGACUGAGCCGCAGCUACCUGCCGGUGCACUGGACAGUGUCAGAGAGCAGUGGAACCGAACCUUCAGCAUCAUUUCUCACACAGCCAAGCAUACUGCAACCCCAGCAGUCCCAGGCUACUCUGCAUCAGCUGAUAAUCAAAACAGAGCGAGCCUGAACUGUUGCUCCAUUGCCUCAGAGAUCUUUAUGAAAGAUCUGGGCUGGGACAGCUGGGUGAUCCAGCCCUUGAGUCUUACCUAUGUUCAAUGCGCAACCUGCAACUCUGCCAUGGCCACUGUGCAAUGCCCACCAUCCCAAGACCAGGUGCCAUGCUGUCAGCCCAUCUCCCAUGAAGUGGUGCCCAUUGUCUAUAUGGAUGAAUCCAGCACCAUUGUCAUUUCCUCCAUGCAGCUGACCCGCAACUGUGGCUGUGGGCUGGGCAACUCUGAGGAUCCUGGCAAGGAGUAGGCUGUCUUGAGUGUGUGGUAUGAACCGCAUGGCUUUUAUACACACAUCAAAAGAACAAAAAAUCAUAUCCACAAUUCUGUUCUCAUACAAACGCUGCUUUUGUAGGUCGUCUUUCCCUUUUAAAAUAGAAAGUGCAUUCAGCACUGACUCCAGAAACCAAAGCAAGUCUGGGCUUUCCAUUCCUGCAGCUGCACUGUAAUAAAACAGGAGUUUUGGAAAGCUGGACAAUUAUUGUUCAACUGAUUUAACAGUAAUUACACAAUCUUUAUGUCUUUGUCUGUAAGCGUUGAACCAAAGAAAGCUCCAGCCAACACAUGUAUGGUAAAUCCUCACAGUCUGUCUUUAAAUAAAUCUCAUGUGGACAGGCUACUAUUAAUAGCUGUUAACUAUUACUGAGAAGAAAUGUUCCCUGAAGAAAUGUAAGACUUGAGCCAGACCCUCUCACAAGAGGAUCGGGCUCUACUCUUAAAGCAGAUCGUCUCUGAUAUGUAACCUUCACAGAUUAUGUUUCAUGCUCACAAGAUAAAUUUAGCAAUCUAUUAAUUUCUCUGGGACAUGGGCAUGACUUUCCAUUGGUUAUACUCUAUAUUUUCAUGUUUCAACUGAGGAAAAAGAAAAACAAUGUUGGCCCGCAAACCCAAAAACUGCAACUUUGAAAGUUCAUAAUUAAACUAUUUACUGGUGAUAUGACUGACAUGCUUUAACAGAGGAGAACAAACAAUCUUCUGUUCACAUUUAAUUUUCAUUCUGAUUUGUCAUAUGUAUAUAAAUUCUGCCAGUUGCAACAGUUCAAAAUUCAGAUUCUUAUUUUUGAGAUUGGCUGCUUCAGUUUUAUGUUUUUGUGGCGUAAUUUACAUUACAUUAUCUGACUGCUU